AUGAGGAUUUUAAAGGUUGUGUGCAAGCUGUUGGCAGUACUGUGCAUUCUGUAUUUUGCAAGUUCUGCUCGGAUUAAGGCGUCCAAUGAGCAGGCAUUUACCACCCUAUUUUCUGUGCUGAACCCGACGUCUAUCAACCUAGUAAUAGCACACCCAGACGACGAAGUCAUGUUUUUUGCCCCAACGUUGCUCCAGCUUGACCACUACUUUGAUACUGAUAUUCCUGUUUCUGUCUUUUCUCUUACCGACGGCGGUGCCGAUGGCCUGGGGAAGCUUAGGGAGGAAGAGUUGCGGGAUUCAGUGCAUCUUCUAUUUCGCAGAAGGAAAGCGGAAGUUACUGUCCUGAACUUUGAGGAUGGUAUGAAGGUUGAAUGGGACCUACAAAAGACGUCAGAAGCCCUAAGAAAACAAGUCGUCGGCGAUCAACCCCUGUUUCUAACUUUUGAUGACCAUGGGGUGUCUAGUCAUAUAAAUCACAUUUCAUGCUACGAGACUGUCCGAAACCUUAGAGCGGCCCACCCAGAAAGCAGAAGUUUCAGCUUGACGAGUAAACGUUCUAUCUUUCAAAAAUACACUGCUUUCGUUCCUUCUCUUAUUACGGUGCUGAGAGGGAGCAGACAGGCUGUGUUCAUGAGCACGUUCAAACAAUAUUUACUAGCACUUUCAGUCAUGAUGAAUGCACACACCUCUCAAAUGGUAUGGUUCAGAUACGGAUGGUGGUUCUUCAGCUGUUACGUUUUUGCGAAUGAGGUACGAGAAUUUUAG